UUGCUCGGUCAUUGGGGCUUUUCUGUGCUGGAGAAAGCUGGAUUCAUCAACUUCUACCCCGGAGACGAAGAUGUCGAUAUGAAGCCAUUGGGCAGAUUGGCAGGGAAGAGAAACCCGAGUGGACGGAGAACCGAGCUCAUCCAUCCGAUCCUGAGACGAGGCAUGUGGAAAGACAUUGACGAUGAUGAGUAUGAUCUCAUGGAGCCUGCUCUGCUUCUGGCGAGCGCGAUCCUCGAUGACCCCGCCGCGCUUGCUUUCUUCCAUGCCAUCGCAAAUACGAAGUCGAUGACAAAGUUCCACGAUGCGACUCAUGGACCAUGUUUGGUUGCCAGCAUCCCCGCUACUCUGACUGAUCAGCAGCAGACUGAAGUGUACAACAAAAUUAUCAAGAUGCGAGACUGGACGAUAUGG